GCCGCCGUCACCGCCAGGAGCCCGGCGCCAGCGCUCUGUCCUCUUUCCCGCUGGGCAGCCGCUCGGUCUUCCUUCCUUCUUCUCUUCCCUCUGCUCCCUCUCUCGGCCGCCUCGGCUCGGGGACACCCCGCCCGCCGCCGCCGCGGCUCACCUGCAUCCCGGUCCAGGUACUGCAUGAGGUUCUCAGCUAACCAAGACUGAAGAGAGAGAAUUCUUGCCUUCAAGUAGUCUGCAUUCUGUUGGGAGAACAGCACAUACAUUUACUGGAAAGUGUGGAUAGAUCCUCAAAAAAAAUGGAAGAUGGAAAGCCCGUUUGGGCUCCACAUCCCACGGAAGGAUUUCAGAUGGGCAAUAUUGUGGAUAUUGGUCCAGACAGCUUGACAAUUGAACCUUUAAACCAAAAAGGGAAGACAUUUUUGGCUCUUAUAAACCAAGUGUUUCCUGCAGAAGAGGAUAGUAAAAAGGAUGUGGAAGAUAACUGCUCACUGAUGUACUUAAAUGAAGCCACACUCCUCCAUAAUAUCAAAGUACGAUAUAACAAAGAUAGAAUUUAUACAUAUGUGGCCAACAUCCUGAUUGCAGUGAACCCUUACUUUGACAUACCUAAAAUAUAUUCUUCAGAAACAAUUAAACAGUAUCAAGGAAAAUCUCUUGGAGUAUUGCCACCUCAUGUCUUUGCAGUUGCUGACAAAGCUUUUCGAGACAUGAAGGUGCUCAAAAUGAGUCAGUCGAUCAUUGUGUCUGGAGAAUCAGGUGCUGGCAAAACUGAAAAUACUAAAUUUGUUCUUAGAUAUCUCACGGAAUCCUAUGGUACAGGCCAAGAUAUUGAUGAUAGAAUUGUGGAAGCCAACCCAUUGUUAGAAGCUUUUGGGAAUGCAAAGACUGUUCGUAACAAUAACAGCAGCCGUUUUGGAAAAUUUGUUGAAAUACAUUUCAAUGAAAAGAAUGCAGUUGUUGGUGGAUUUGUUUCACACUACCUUCUAGAGAAAUCUAGGAUCUGUGUUCAAGGCAAAGAAGAAAGGAAUUAUCAUAUCUUUUACAGACUGUGUGCUGGUGCUUCUGAAGAUAUUAGGGAAAAACUUCAUUUAAGCUCUCCAGACAAUUUUCGGUAUUUAAAUCGAGGUUGCACUAGGUUCUUCGCUAAUAAGGAUACAGACAAACAGAUUUUACAGAACCGCAAAAGUCCUGAGUACCUUAAAGCAGGUUCCCUGAAAGAUCCUCUUUUAGAUGAUCAUGGUGAUUUCAAUAGGAUGUGCACAGCCAUGAAAAAGAUUGGUUUGGAUGAUGAAGAGAAACUCGAUCUUUUCAGGGUCGUAGCUGGUGUCCUGCAUCUUGGAAAUAUUGAUUUUGAGGAAACUGGCAGCACCUCAGGUGGUUGUAACCUGAAGAACAAAUCUACUCAGUCUUUGGAGUGUUGUGCUGAGUUGCUGGGUUUGGAUCAAGACGAUCUUCGAGUGAGUUUAACCACAAGAGUCAUGCUUACAACAGCAGGGGGCACCAAAGGAACAGUUAUAAAGGUACCCCUGAAGGUGGAGCAAGCCAACAAUGCACGUGAUGCUUUGGCAAAAACUGUCUAUAGUCAUCUUUUUGAUCAUGUGGUGAACAGAGUAAAUCAGUGUUUUCCUUUUGAAACAUCAUCAUUUUUUAUUGGAGUGCUAGAUAUUGCUGGUUUUGAGUACUUUGAACACAACAGUUUUGAACAGUUUUGCAUCAACUAUUGCAAUGAAAAGCUACAACAGUUUUUCAAUGAAAGGAUUUUGAAGGAGGAACAAGAGCUGUACCAAAAAGAAGGUUUAGGAGUCAAUGAAGUGCACUAUGUGGAUAAUCAGGAUUGUAUUGACUUAAUUGAAGCAAAAUUAGUGGGAGUACUAGAUAUUUUGGAUGAAGAAAAUCGUCUUCCUCAACCAAGUGAUCAGCACUUUACAGCUGCAGUUCAUCAGAAGCACAAGGACCAUUUUCGUCUUACUAUUCCCAGGAAAUCCAAAUUGACUAUUCACAGGAAUAUCAGAGAUGAUGAAGGUUUUAUCAUCAGGCAUUUUGCUGGAGCUGUGUGCUAUGAAACAACUCAGUUUGUUGAGAAAAACAAUGAUGCUUUGCAUAUGUCACUUGAAUCCUUAAUAUGUGAAUCCAGGGAUAAAUUUAUUCGGGAAUUAUUUGAGUCAUCCACAAACAACAACAAAGACACUAAACAAAAAGCAGGAAAACUUAGCUUCAUCAGCGUGGGGAACAAAUUCAAGACACAGUUAAAUUUGCUCCUGGAAAAAUUGCGCAGCACUGGAUCUAGCUUUAUUCGUUGCAUCAAGCCUAAUUUAAAGAUGACAAAUCACCAUUUUGAAGGUGCUCAGAUUUUGUCCCAACUUCAAUGUUCAGGUAUGGUGUCCGUUUUGGACUUGAUGCAGGGUGGUUUUCCAUCUCGAGCCUCAUUUCAUGAGCUCUAUAACAUGUACAAGAAGUAUAUGCCAGAUAAACUUGCUCGAUUGGAUCCAAGACUCUUUUGCAAGGCUCUAUUUAAAGCUUUGGGUCUAAAUGAACAUGACUACAAAUUUGGAUUAACAAAAGUGUUUUUUAGACCUGGAAAGUUUGCAGAAUUUGAUCAAAUAAUGAAAUCAGACCCUGAUCAUUUGGCUGAACUUGUUAAAAGAGUCAAUCAUUGGCUUGUCUGCAGUCGCUGGAAAAAAGUUCAGUGGUGUUCACUUUCAGUCAUCAAAUUGAAAAACAAAAUAAAAUAUCGUGCUGAUGCAUGCAUUAAAAUACAGAAGACUAUUCGAAUGUGGCUUUGCAAAAGAAGACACAAACCACGCAUUGAUGGUCUUAUCAAAGUGCGCACGUUGAAGAAAAGACUUGACAAAUUUAAUGAAGUAGCAAAUGCUUUGAAAGAUGGAAAACCAGAGGUGAUCAAGAAGAUCAAGGAUCUUGAUGUUUCUAUUGAUACAUUGAUAGCUAAAAUUAAGUCCUCUGUGAUGACCAGGGAACAGAUACAGAAAGAAUAUGAUGCACUAGUUAAAAGCUCAGAGCAACUCCUUAGUGCAUUACAGAAAAAGAAGCAACAGGAAGAAGAAGCAGAAAGACUGAGGAAAAUUCAGGAAGAAAUGGAAAAAGAAAGAAAAAGACUUGAAGAGGAUGAGAAACGCCGAAGAAAGGAUGAAGAAGAAAGGCGCAUGAAAUUGGAAAUGGAGGCAAAGAGAAAACAAGAAGAAGAGGAGAGAAAGAAGAGAGAAGAUGAUGAAAAACGUAUACAGGCUGAAGUGGAGGCACAACUAGCCAGACAGCGUGAAGAAGAAACCCAACACCAGGCAGUGCUUGAACAAGAACGCCGUGACCGUGAACUUGCUAUGAGGAUUGUUCAGAAUGAAGCAGAGCUCAUCAGUGACGAAGCACAGCUUGAUUUAGGAUUACGCAGAGAACAAAUGGCCAAAGAAAUGUCAGAAAUUUUGGCUAGAGGUCCUGCAGUCCAGGCUACCAAAGCAGCUGCUGGAUCAAAGAAAUAUGAUCUUAGUAAAUGGAAAUACGCAGAACUCCGUGAUACAAUCAAUACCUCUUGUGAUAUUGAACUAUUGGCAGCUUGUCGAGAAGAGUUUCAUAGAAGACUAAAAGUCUACCAUGCUUGGAAAUCCAAGAACAAGAAGCGCAAUACAGAAACAGAACAACGUGCACCAAAAUCGGUGACUGAUUAUGAUUUUGCACCAUUUUUGAACAAUUCACCUCAGCAGAACCCAACAACUCAGCUUCCUGCCAGACAGCAGGAGAUUGAAAUGAAUCGGCAGCAACGUUAUUUCCGUAUUCCAUUCAUUCGCCCUGCAGACCAAUAUAAAGAUCCUCAGAAUAAGAAGAAAGGUUGGUGGUAUGCACAUUUUGAUGGCCCUUGGAUUGCCCGACAAAUGGAACUUCAUCCUGACAAACCACCUAUUCUUCUUGUAGCUGGUAAGGAUGACAUGGAGAUGUGCGAGCUAAAUCUUGAAGAGACUGGUCUGACUCGGAAGCGCGGUGCUGAGAUUUUGCCCAGGCAGUUUGAAGAGAUUUGGGAACGCUGUGGUGGCAUCCAGUAUCUUCAGAGUGCAAUUGAAAGCAAGCAGGCUCGGCCUACGUAUGCAACAGCCAUGCUGCAGAACCUGUUAAAAUAAAUGCUGCCCAUUAAGUAUAGAGCUAGGAACUCUGGCAGGAAUACAGAGGAGGAUUCCUUUGUUCUCCAGAGGAUUUAAACAUUCCAUAAUCAUGCUAUAGAGGCUUAAUAUAAAGUGAACAGAUUUUAUUAAUCAAGGGGGUUUGUUAAUUUGUACUUUUUGAGGGUUAGUUUCAGUAGAGAACUCUAAUUUUGAGCUGGAAGACUUUUUGUCCAGUGUUUUUCCAUCUCAGUCUCAAUAGUCUAGUGCAUCUGCCUUUAAAAGCCUCUCAGAAUUCUAACACUUGGCCCAAGUCAACAAAUUCAAUUAUUUCUCAUCUUUUGGCAAUAUACUUCAUUAAAUAAUCAGAGUUACCCUUUUUAAAAGAAGAAACUUUUUAAAAUAUCCAAAGUCCUUGGCUUUUUAAAACCAUUAAAACGAGGGUAUAUUAUACCUUUUAACUGGAAUUAUAAGGCCUUAGCUUUAGUUUCUCACACAGAGAAGGUUAGGCAUUUUUGAAUAUGAUCAAGACGUUGAUAUCUUAGUCAGGGGGCUUUUUAGUAUCUGAACUCAGUAACUUUACCAGGAACUCAUUAAAAGUCUACCUAAAAUUAGAAACUUUAUUUCCCCCCUUUUAUUGAGCCUUAGCUUGAGUGAAACAAUUCUUUAUGAAUUUUGGGAAGAUCUUAAGUGUAUUUGAUGUAUUGUAUAAUAAAGGAGACACUAAAAUUGAUAUCCUGCACAAUUUUCUCUUUUUUGGAAUCUGAAAUGUGUGUUUCUUGAAGAACCUUAGUUUUAUUUUCCUUAGACAAAAAUAUGCAAUUAGUACAAAUGUUUAAUAGAAAAAAUUGCAGAUAAUUCAAUUAGAGAAAAGAAAAACAUAAGGGAAAAGUAUACUGUGGCAUAACUGGAAUGUUUCAUAUAUCUUUUCUGCUUUGUCUCUGCUGUGAUUCAAAUGAUAAAAUUACUUUUGUGUCAAGAUCUUAAGUCACUUAAUGGAAUUUUUGACUACUGUUUUUAGAAUAACUUUUAAUUCUUUUUUAGGCCCAAUACUUUGCCUUUGAGGCUGUUUUGUAACUGUAGCAUUGUUUUAUAGGCUGUAUAAUUUAAAAACUAUUUUGCUGAGUAAUUGCUAAUUUCUUAUGUCUAAAAUAAUUUUAAAAAACGUUUUCCUCAUUGUGUUAAUUCUGAUAAAAUUAUCAGCAGUGUAAAAGUUGAUGUUUAUGAUAUUCAUACUAGAAACUUGAAGGAAAAGUGACAUAGCCUGGGUUGUAUUGGCAUUCUGUUUAAAAGUCAAAAGUCUCAUUUGGCUGUAGUGAACAUUAAAAAUUAGGAAACACAA